GCGGGCAUGGGCCUCUUCUCGCUGGAGCCGUUGCUGCCGCAGCUACUCAGCUUCCCGGGCCUGGCCCUCGCUGCGGCCCUGCUGCUCCUGGUCCUAUGCCUGCGCGCCGGGCGCACCAGCAUCUAGAAACACAGAAGACCAGAAACUUGCACCUCCGUGAAAAUCAAACUCAUGGAAAGCUUACUGGGAGAGGUGCCUUUCAAAAUGAAGUGUAAGCUCCUCAAAGGAGACCUGGUGAGCCUCCACUGAUAAAAGGCUGGCUUCCUUACCUUGGAGAGGCCCUGAAAUUACAAAAGGAUCCUUUAGGUUUCAUGAAAACUCUUCAAAAGCAACAUGGUGACACUUUCACUGUUCUCCUUGGAGGCAAGUAUAUAACAUUUAUCCUGGACCCUUCUCAGUACCAGUUAGUAAUGAAAAGUCCCAAAUUAAGCUUUCGAAUAUUCACUAAUAAACUAUUAAGGAAAGUAUUUUCCAUCGAAAAGUUGGCAACCAAUGAUGACCUGAACAAUGACCUUCAUGGCUGCUAUCAUCUUUUACAAGGGACGUCUUUGGACAUACUCACAGAAAACAUGAUGCAGAAUUUAAAACAAGUAUUUGAACUCCAGCUAUUAAAAACCACAAAUUGGGACACGGCAUACCUGUUGACAUUCUGCAGCUCAGUAAUAUUUGAGGUCACGUUCACAACCAUAUAUGGACAAUCUCUUCCUGGCAAUAGGAAAAAAUUUAUUACUGAGCUAAGAGAUGAUUUCUUAAAAUUUGAUGACAAAUUCCCAUAUUUAAUAUCAGACAUACCCAUAGAGCUUCUAGGAAAUGUCAAAUCUAUUAGAAAGAAACUUAUAAAACGCUUGACAUCAGAACACUUAGCUAGGACACAGGGAUGGUCAGAAGUUGUUCAAAUGAGGCAAGAUAUCCUGGAGAAAUACUAUACGCUUGAGGACUUUGAAAUAGGAGCACAUCAUUUAGGCUUUCUCUGGGCUUCUGUGACAAACACUAUUCCAACUACGUUCUGGGCGAUGUAUUACCUCCUACAGCACCCAGAAGCUAUGGCCGUGCUGCGUGACGAAAUUGACCAUUUCCUGCAGUCAACAGGUCAAAAGAAAGGGUCUGGAUUUCCCAUCCAGCUCACCAGAGAACAAUUGGACAGCCUGGUCUACCUAGAAAGCACCGUUCUCGAGGUUUUACGACUAUGCUCAUUUUCAAGCAUCAUGCGUUUUGUUCAAGAGGAUUUGACUCUACAGUCAGAGACACAGGACUACUGUUUGCGAAAGGGGGACUUGGUAGCCAUCUUUCCUCCAGCCAUACAUUAUGACCCGGAAAUCUUUGAAGCUCCAGAGGAGUUUAGGUUUGAUCGUUUUGUAGAAGAUGGUAAGAAGAAAACCGCCUUUUUCAAAAACGGGAAAAAGCUGAAGUAUUACCUAUUGCCAUUUGGAUUUGGAGCCAGCAAAUGUCCAGGCCGAUUUUUGGCAAUUGUUGAAGUAAAGCAAUUGUUGGUUGUACUUUUAACUUAUUUUGAUUUAGAAAUAAUUGAUGCUAAACCUAUGGAAGCAAACUACAGUCGCCUUUUGUUUGGUAUUCAGCAUCCAGCUUCUGAUGUUUUAUUUAGGUACAAAGUAAGAUCUUAAAAGAAGUGAUAAGGAAAGAAAAGAAAUCUAUCUGAACUAACCUAAAUGUCCUCGGCUCAUCUAUCUGUCUUGAAUUUCUGCAAAUAUAAUUGCUUUGUUUGUUUGUUUGUUUGUUUGUUUAAAAAGUGCCAAUUUAUAUUUGAUCUGCAAUCAGUCCAGUUCGUACUUGGUCACAAAACCCAUCAUAAACUAAAAGAGGAUGUUGACAUGAAAAUAGACAUCAUAAUCAGCAUAAUGAUAAACUCAAAAUAGCCUUUUUAUGUUUUUCUACAUAUUGUGAUUUUUGCUCAUCAUGCAUGGUAAAUGUACCACAAUAAAUUUGGCACUGUGGGAUUUUUUUUAAGUCACUCAGAUUCUUCUCUAAUAUGUAAAAUCACACUUUAUGUACUAGUGGAAAUUUGUGCUGGAAAUGGACACAGUCUAACAAAUUCAAAAUUCUCAGAGAAGAAGGAAACUAAAUUUCCAUGAGAUAAACUGGAUGAAAAUGUUCCCUUCAAGUGUAAUAUCAAUAAUGUCUAUAUCACCUGGGUACUUUUGCCUUAAAUGAGUUUUGCAGUAGAUUAAAUGCUCCAACUUCACUUCAAUAUUUAAUCAUCCAUAAAUGUUCUUUAUUACUUUGUAUACUAUGGCUCAAUGCAACAAAAUUUCUCAUUAUGUAAGACCACUCAUGUUAAGUUAGAUACUGAGAAGAUUUAAUGUAUAAGAACACACAGAACCUAUUAUAUAUUCAGCAUUUGCCUGAGACGUUAGUAUUAGGUUUGUCGUUAAGAGCAAAUGUUAAAAUCAUGACAGGAUUGAUGGUAGCAUUUGGUUUUAGUGUAAACUCUGAGGGCUAUACCAGUAUUGCAGUGAACUCUUCCCUAAAUGCUUCCAUUUAUAUAAACUGAGAAACCAGAUCGCAGUAUUUGUUCUUGACACAUCACCUUUUGGACCUGGAGUUUAUCUGUAUUCUUUUGAGUUACACUGUUAUGGAAUGCAGUAUAAUUUUAUAUGCCACAGUGUAGCAUUGUGUCCAUGAUACAAAGCUUUCUAAUUUCAGCUUACCCGGUGAUUGGCAUCUGACCUAAAUGAUGCUACUGUAUUUAAACAGGAAAAGCAGGUAAUAAAAUUCAGUUAAUUUGCGUUGCGUGGAUUGGAACUUCUACGAUCAUGCUUUUGUUUUUAAGAAAGCAGAUUAUUAAAGUAUCAUUAUAAAAUACUUACAGUACUUAAUAAUAAGUAGAUGUUCUAGCAUUUAUAGCCUCCUUCUUGAAGUACAUGCUCUAAACAUUUCUUAGUGAGGCUCUGCUAGCUAAACUCUGUUUUUGGUUGAUCAGAAGCUUCUUUACUUUUGCCCUUGUUCUUGAAAGAUGAUUUUUCUGUGCGCACAAAUCUAUUUUCUCCCAGCACUCUGAAGAUUCUGCAUGUUCUUAUGGCUUCCAUUGUUGCUAUCAAAAGGUUAGCCAUUAGUUUAAUUAUUCAGAGGGCAGUCUGCCUCUUCUCUCUGAUAGCGUUAAUGUGUUCUUUUUGUCUUUGAUGUUCUUAGUCUCUAUUUAUCACGCUUGCAUGUCACAGUGCCUCGAGUCUGAGAAUGUGUCUUUCAUCGGGUAGGAAAUAUUCUUAGCCAUAACCUCUGAGUAGUACCUCUCCCAGACUCUAUUAGAUCCUCUCACUCUAUACUCCAUGUUCUUUGACCUUUCCUCCCCAUAUUUUCUACCUCUAUUUUACAUUCUAGGUAAUUUGUUUAGAUCUCACUGUGAAUUUAGUCUCUAUACUGUGUGCCUAAUCUGCUCUUUAUCUCAUCCAUGGAGUUCGUUUUUAGUUUAUGGUACACAAUUAUAAUUUGUCCAAGCAAGGCCCCUUUGGCUUUGUCUACUUAUUCUAUCUUAUCUCUAAUCUUCACCAUUAUACUUCUCCCCAUCAUAGGGAAACAUUCUAAUGUGUUUGAUAUUUGUCUUUUCAUAAGUUUAUAUUUUUAUAAAACAUAUUACCUGUGUGCAUGUUAAUUUACAUAAACGAAUUUUCUAUAUGUGACAUCCUUCUUAAUUUUCUUAUUAAGCUCUAUAUUUUUAAAGAUAUAUUCAUAUUACUGUAUAUAUGUAUAUGUACAUAUAUAUUUAAUCUGUUGCUUCUAACUGCUAUGAUCUCUUCACCCCCUGAUGUAAACUGUAUCCAUCGGAUACUUAAUUUGGGGGAGAGGCCAAAGCAGGAACUAAAAAUUCCUCCCCUACCUCUCCUCCCACUACUGUGUCCACCAUCCUCUAUCCCGGGCUGCCGCAAACUCUGUCCCCAACCCCUAUAGUGUGCGCACACACACGCACACACAAACACACAUACAGAGUCCGUGACUACCUUCAUUCUCCUUGAGAUGUUCUAGAUCUGUUAUGUUCUAUCCUUAGGGCCUUACGACCCUCUCCCUUCUGUGGGUUGAUUGAUUUUGAGCCAGGGUACCAGCUCCCAACUUGUCAGCUUUCAGUUUUUCUGAUCCCACUGAAUUUGCUAAUAAGUUCAAUGAUUUCAUAUUCAGUUUGAGAACUCUCUUUUGUUCUUCUUAUCUGCCUGGUCAUUUUUUUUUUAAGAUUUUAUUUAUUUAUUUGAGUGAGUGAGAGAGAGCACAAGCUGGGGGGAACGGCAGGCAGAGGGAGAAGCAGACUUCCCGCUGAGCAGGGAGCCUGAUGUGGGGCUUGAUCCCAGGACCCUGGGAUCAUGACCUGAGCCAAAGGCAGACGCUUAACUGACCGAGCCACCCAGGCGCCCACUGCCUGGUCAUUUCUGAUGUCUUUUUCCUUCAUCAUAUGCUCAGUAUCCUCUUCCAUUUCUUCAAGUACAUUAAGAAACCUAUUUUAUAUUAUGUAUCUGAUGUUUCUAAAUCAUUAGUGUCUCGUGGGUCUGAUUCUAUAGUUUGUUUGUUUCUGUAACUCUUACUCACUAUGGCUUGUUUAUUGAGCCCGUAUUCCUUGGAAUUUUAUCUCUGGAAAUUUUUUAAGACCUGAGUUUAAAACUCAUUCCUUCAGGGAGAAGUUGAUUUUUUUUUUUGCCUGACUGCUGAUGUUAUUAUCAAAUUCACAUCACUUUAAGUUUGCGGCUUGAGAGGGGAUGAAGGGUGGGAGAUACAUAGGUAAUGUGGGUUCUAGCCUUAAAUCAGCUACAAAGCAGCCCUAUGAUUAGGAAUAGAUGGGAGACACUUUCUAUUUUGUUUUGUUUUGUUUUGUUUUCCUUCACCAUCGCUGAGAGAGGCAAGUCUACUGACAGUCUUGCUCUGUGGAGCAAGGUUUCUUUCUAGUUCACCUACUAAAGAUGUUCAGUUUGCGAGUUCUUGGCUUUGUGUGGGAGUCUUUGAUUUCACACACACACACCCAGCUUGGGCCCUAGGGUUUAUCUUCUGCCUUCCACAAAGCAUAGCCCAUUCUUUUUAUACUAGGAGGACAUCUAGUCCACCAUAUGACCUGAAGUAGAAACCUCCAUGUGCUUACAUUUGUCUCAGUAGUACACUUUUGCGAUGUUACAGAGAGAACACAGGAAAUUAUUCAAUUCUAAUUUAUGCUUAACUUAUAACUAGAAGUGCAUACAGGAAUUUAGAAUAGAAAGUAAGAAUAAACAAAAUGGUUGAGAAAAUAUUAUAUAAAAGGAAUGGAUAGUAGAACCAAAACAAGAGAGUCCUGUAAAAGGCUUACAUCUAGUCAUUAAAGCGUGUUUAUGAAUAGAAAAAAAUGUCAUGGAGAAAUAAGUUAGAAGACAUGGAUUCCAGCUAUGAUAUGACUAGUUUGUUAUCAUCGACAAAUCAUUUUGCCUCUCAUUGCUUCAGUUCCUUAUUUGCAAAAUAAAAAUAAUAAGGACUUUUGACAUGAGGGUUCAUGAUGAGGCUUAAACAUAGUAAGAUGUGUGAAUUCAUUUUUGAAAAGUGUAAUGCAAUAUGCAAACAUAAAGUUGUAAAGGAGAUACUUUAACAAGUUGUGCCUUUUAAAAACUGUUCUUAUGUAUUUGUUAAAGGGAAUAACUUUUUAGUCAUUACAUAGUUCAUUAUUCAUUAAUUCAAUCAAACGUUUAUUGAGCAUUCCCCCUGUUCUAGAUAUGUUGUUAUGUACUGGAUUACCCUUCUUCAAGAACACACAAUUUAUUAGGGAAAACAACACAUACACAACUAAUUUAUUUUAAGUGUCCUUGUAAGUAAUAAAUUCAUCUCUUUAAAACAGUUUUAAAAUUCUGAUUUACCUUUAGAUCUAGCCUCCCAUCACUUAUUCCAAAGUAGUGUUCUGUAAUGAGAAAUUACUGUGUGCAUAAUUACACACAAUAAAACAUAUACAGCGGGUAUUGUGAUUUUGGGACAAAAAUAGCCAAACCAAAAAUAGCCAAACCAAACCUUACUGAAGCUCUAAAAUGUCUUAAAAACUAUAUUUUACAUAUCAUAAAAACCCAUCUUUUCAUUUUUACAGCCUCCCCAAAGUUUCAAAUUAAAGGAAAUGAAUAAUAAUAUUGUUUUAUAUCAAUGACUCACAAUAAUGAAGCAUCUAGUAGCAAAAACUAAAUGCUCUGAAGGUAUUAAGAAAAAAGCUAUUUAGCACUAAAUAAGGCAUGCUGCUAAGCAACCUACAUGGGAACAUUUAUCCGCCUUCUUUUGGUUUUCCUGGCACACUUAAUUAUAUCUUCUUCAUUUUAUCAUUAUGUGUGGGGUCACAAGUCUAAGGUAAAGGGGUCACAACUCAAAAUCUACAUGAUGACUUCUGUUUAUUUUCUCAUAAAAAAAUAAUUUGGGUAACAUUUCCUGUAAAUGUCUUCUCAUUGAACAGUGGAAUCUUAAAACCAAUUUCAAAGAUCAAAGCACAAAAAUUAUUUAGGUUUUGAUCUUAGCAUAAAAUAAUGUCAAUAAUUAUAAAAGAAGAAUUAUGUGCCCUUAGAAUGUGCAUUGUUUUUAACCUAUUAAAUUCACAAUAUUGCAAACUAUUAUUUACUUGAACUGCAUUAUUAGAUAUUCAUAUUCACAUACUCAAUUAAGAAAAAUUUAGCAAGCCAAGAUUACAUUCCCUGUAGCAUUAUUUUAAAUUAUAAUGAGCAAUCACAUAAAACUCUCUACUAUUUCUCUAAAGCAAUUAUUACUUAGUCUUAUUCAUAGUGUUAAUCUAAAUCAGUGAUCAAUGAUGUUUGGACUUUCUAGCUUAAAUCUUUAUUUAUAAUACUUUUCUUGAGUAAGAUCAAUUUAAUUUGUGAAAAACUCUAUUGCACCAUUUUAAAUAGGAGAUAAUUUGGCAAUACUUAUGUUUAAAAUAUUUUUUAGUCAGGAGUGCCGUAUAUUAUAAAAAACUGUCGUUCUGAAUUGUUUGUUUAAUAUUACCUUUUGAUUUUAAAAUGGUAUAUAUGUGGAUUUAUGAGGAAGCAAAUCUUAAAAAGACAUUAAGUAAGAAAGGCAAAUGCUUUGUAAAUCUAUUUAAUUAUCUUUUAUUUACAACAAUAAUUCAAUAAAUCAACUUUUAAAGCA